AUGUACAAGAUUCAUAUCUCCAUUGUUGAAGGUAUUUCUCUCCCAAGAAUCAAUUUAUUAACAAAGAUCAACCCACUGGUUGAGAUUCAUUACAAGGGUAAAGUCGACAAAACAAGAUUUUUCAGAGAUAAUCUUGAUCCACUCUGGAAGGAAGAAUUUUCUUUCACAACAGACACAUAUGAUGGAAAGAUUGAUUUUAUACUUUGCCACGAAAAGAAAGGCACAUUUACCAAGAUUGCUACUUACUCAUAUGACUUGGCAAACCUUCCUCUUGGCAACCGCUUUGAUGAGAAGUGCACAUUUACUCCAGUAAUUGAUGUUAAGAAAGGUGGUAUGAUCAGAAUCAGAAUAGUUGGACAAAAAGUUGGCAAUACCAUCAUUAUCAACAACACAGGUCCAGCUCCAGGACCAUAUCCACCACAAGGAUAUCCUCCACAAGGACCAUAUCCACCACAAGGCUACCCACAGCAACCAUAUCCUCCACAACAACCAUACCCGCCACAAGGAUACCCACCACAGCAAUCAUAUCCACCACAGCAACCUUACCCACCACAGGGAUAUCCUCCACAGCCAUAUCCACCACAACCAGCUUAUCCACCACAAUCAAACUCUCAGUCAGGCUAUCCUCCAAUGCCUUAUCCACCACAACCAAACCAACCCCCACGUUCUGGUUCAAUUGAUCCAAUUGUUCCAUAUUAA